AUCUUUAAAAAGUGUGCUAAUAAAUUUUGAUUAAAAAUUAAUUCAAGCCUAUUCAAUAUAAACUUGCAUUUAUUUAGAUUGUUAGUUGUAUGUUUCCAGUUUAAAAAAAUGAUUGAGUUAAAAUUUAUAUUUUUACUAAUAUUUGCAAAAGCGUGUAGUUCUCAAGAUCCAUUGAAUAAUAAAAGGUUUCCAGCAGAUUUUAUAUUUGGAUGCGCUACAGCAGCCUUUCAAAUUGAAGGUGCAUGGAAUAUAGAUGGUAAAACUACUAGUGUUUGGGACACAAAAAACCAUCUUAUUCCAUCUGUAAUAAAAGAUAAUCAAACUGCAGAUAUCAGUUGUGAUUCCUAUCACAAAUACAAGGAAGAUGUGGCAAUUCUUGCAGCCAUGGGCGUUACUCACUAUAGAUUUUCACUAUCCUGGCCGAGAAUUUUACCAAAUGGUUACAAUGACACAAUUAACCCCUUAGGUGUAAAUUACUACAAAAAUCUAAUUAGCGAGCUAAAAGCUAACAAUAUCGAGCCUAUGAUAACCAUUUACCAUGGAGAUAUGCCACAAUCUUUGGGUGAUCUUGGAGGAUUUUAUAAUAUCGAUUCCAUAAAUUGGGUAACCGACUUUGCAAGAGUAGCUUUUGACUUAUUUGGCGACGAUGUAAAAUAUUGGUUUACGAUAAAUGAACCAUACGAAACUUGUAUUUGGGAUGGUGUUGUUAAAGCAUACGAAUGUGCUAAGAAUUUACUUAAGAUACACGCUUCAAUAUGGCAUUUGUAUGAUCAGGAAUAUAGAAGCAAACAAAAUGGAAAAGUAUCGAUGGUAAUAAAUUUAAAUUGGUAUGAACCUGCAACCAACAGCACUGACGAUCUGAUUGCUGCUGCGACUAAAAUGCAAUUUUCUUGGGGUUUCUUUGGUCAUCCGUUGUAUUACGGCGAUUGGCCGGAAAUAAUGAAGACUAGAAUUGCCAUGAGAAGUAAAGGUGAAGGUUUCGAAAAAUCACGUCUGCCUGAAUUCACACAAGAAGAAAUUAAUUAUAUCAAAGGAACUAACGACAUUUUGGCGGCUAACACAUAUACCACAUCAAUGAUAAGAGCUAUACCAGAACCUGCAUUUGGAGAUCCUACAAUUGAAAAUGACGAAGGAGUUUAUGAAUAUCAGUUAGAUGAGUGGCAAGACGCUGCUUCACCUUGGCUCAAAGUAACACCUUGGGGAAUUAGAAAAUUAUUAAGGUGGUUUAAACAAGAAUAUUUUGAUCCAGAAAUAUUGAUCAGCGAGAAUGGAUACUCAGAUUCUGAUGGUAGACUUGAUGAUCCAAUUCGAAAAAACUACCUGAGGGAUUAUCUGAGCAAUAUCAGAGAUGCCAUGAUAUAUGAUGAUGUAAAAGUUAUUGGCUACGUUGUCUGGACUUUAAUGGACAACUUUGAAUGGAACUCAGGAUAUACUGAAAAAUUUGGUUUGGCAUAUAUUGACUUUAACGAUCCCAAUCGUACGAGAAUAAGGAAGGAUUCUUCAUACUAUUUUGAAAAAGUGUGCAAAACUCGUUGCAUUGUUGAUGACUGUGUAGAUUGAAUUAAAAAGUCAUUAAAAUAUUUUUAAAAACCUCG